UAAAUGAUUCUAUGAUUCUUCCACACUUGUGUAGAACCAGGAGAUGCCAUAGUGUGCCGAUUCAGUAAUGCCCUGGCAGCGGGGCUGCGCUGGGGAGGCCUGGCGGAAGGGGUGGCCCGACAGGGCUGUGAGGUCACAGAGCCCCGCUUUGACAUGCUGUGCUGUGCCAGCUGCGGGCAACGCUGCGGCAGCAGUGGCAGCAGCGGCAGCAGCAUGGUGCGAGCCUGGGGGGCCGUGGUCCUCGCCUGCCUCCUUGUGCUGGCCCUGCAAGCCUGGGACGCCCAGGCUGCUCCAAGGCGAGCGCAGGGAGCAGGUAGGCAGGGGGGCAGGGGGCCAGCACCCAGCUCCGAGCAGGGCAGCGUGGCAUCCACCGCACUUCAGCGGGGCAGCAGUGGGGCCGGGGCUAGGGCUGGGUCCGGGAGAGCAGCUGGGUCAGGCUGAGCGAGCCAGGCAGACACCCUGUGGGGAGGCAUAGAGGGGCUGCAGCUGCUUCGGGGGCGUUUUCUGGGUGAGCAGGGGAGCUGGGAGCGGCGGUGCGGGGUAAGAAACCCGGCGCUGAGUCCCUGCGGGACCCUCCCUGCCGCCCAGCCCAGUCUGCCCCCAGUAUGUGUGUUGGGCCAGGGGUGGCGAGUAAGUGGUGCUGCGGGAGCCAGGCGACAGCCCGUGGCAGCGCUUCUCCCCGGGCUGGCUGCAGCCGUGCCCAGGGCCGUGGGUCUGGCCUUCAGCCUCGGGGACGUCCCGGAGGGGCGUGCUCAGGACUCGUCCGCUUGGGAAAAUGGGAGCAUUCCUGCUCCCCUUGGAUGACCCGCAGGUCCCCAGCCCGGAGGAACACGCAGGGGUAGCGCUGGCGCAGCCUUUCACAGGCUCUUGUCCCCAAGAAGCGUGGGCGAUCACUUUUUCCUCCAGUUUGUUGGUGUUGGCUUCCUCAGCCAGUUUAACAGAGUGAUUCGAUGGAAUUUGUUACAAUGAAAUCUGUGACUUAAAGAUUCGAAAAUGGCAAGGAUCGCCCGAAACUUGCAGCAGGGUUGCACACAGGUGGAGGUUAAAUCAAAUCACACAUGUGCACAGACGGAGAAUUCCUGAGGUUGGGGGGGAAUCCCAGAGCUGUCCGUGGAGACAGGGGCUACUUGACUUCUCAACUUGAGCCUGUCCGUGAGCCUUGGGGUGAUCCCACAGAUGUGGCUGCAGGCGGUGGUUAUCCAGCUUCCCGGCUGGGUUUCAGGGCUGACCCACAGGCAGGUCGCAUGGACGUGGCCAGACAGAGGGCUUUUCCAGCUCCUUGGCUGAAUCCUGGGCUGAAUCCCAGCUGGCAUCCCAGGGAGACCAACCGUGAGAGUGUGCAGAAGGAGGCCUUUCAGAAGGGAAGCAGGCACACCGUGCCAGUCUCCAAUGAAGAAAGAGAGGCAAUGCAAGAGCCUGGCAUGCCAGGGGCAGAUGCUGGGAGAAGGUCUGAGGCUGCUGGUCACGAAUUGCUGCGCAAGUACUAUAUGCCAGUGACCGCAGUAGCCUUGGCUGUGGUGCUGUCUGGGCUAGUUGGAUCUUGCGUAGUCAUUUCACGGCUGAGGAAGAGAGACCCAAGGAGCCAGGGAGAUGAAGCAGCACUGGGACAAGCUGAUACUGACUCUGCCUGGAAAAGUGAAGAUCCAACUAGAGAUAAAGGCAAAGCAGAGUCAGGAGAAGGAGCAAGAAAAGUUGAGGUUGCUCAAGAAAAUGGGACUUUCAACAACAGCUCCAGCCCAUCACCAUGGCCUUUUGUGGCAGAGCUCACGCAGCUGUACAGGAGCGCGAGCGCAGACCCCUCACCUCUGCCCGCUUGUCCCAGCUGCUCUUUCACCGACGAUACCUCUUCACUGGACACUUCGAUUUCUCUCGACUCACCUCAGCCUAACCCCUUCUGGUGUCCCUGUCACCAGUUUCCAACAGGGAUACUGUACCUCAGAAGAUGAGUCUUUUUAGAGUAAAUAAAAAAAACCAUUUUGGCCAAAAGCAGUGCGUCCUUGGCUGUUUUGGCCGUUUCCGUCGGGGUAUAACGCACAGAGCUGGGACCAGUGCUGGAUCUGUGAGAGAAGCUGUCAGAGACCUGCGCUCCAGUGAGGGACCCCUUUGUCCCAGCAUCAGCCUGGUUUCCCAGCUGGGGCUGUC